CCCACUCAUUCGAUUAAAUGAUGAAUGUCACUACCACGACGCGGCGUUGCAGCAUCACUGCAAUCUCGCAAGCGCACAUUGACAAGGAUCCUGUUGCCCGCCUCCUUCCUCCGGUUGAUACACACAUCGUGCCCACGGGAGUCCCAUGUGGCAACUUGCGGCCAAUUUUUGUGGGACCCUUUGGUGAAUUAACACCGAUUUCCGCGAGGUGUUCAAUCGUACUGUUGUGGAAAUUUGGCCCUCUUUGCGAGUUUGUCAUCGCCACUCUCAUCACUUGUUUCGAAGGUUGUGGUCUCGUUUUCGUUUUUAUGAAUAAGGUUGUGGGGUUGUUGCAGCUGUGGAAAGGAAUAGGUGUUGGAAUAUCGUGAGUUUACGGAAGACGAGGUGAGGGUGUGAGCUAGGGUUACUGGAGGGUAGUUGAGGUAGCCAUGAGGGACGAUGUGGCGUUGUCGUUCGAUGGCGCGGAUCCGUAUCGAAGAGGGGGGAAUAUGAGGGGUGGUGGUAUGAACGGGAUGCAAGGGGGGAUGCCGGGGGGUUCCUCUGCCUUGCCUUUCAUGUCUUUCGACUUGGGUGAUGUCGGUGUGUCUGCACCUCGGGUGAGCAGUGUGGGCUACUCUGGUGGUGGUGGUGGGUUUGGUGCUUUUGAAGAUGAACCUCCGCUUCUUGAAGAGCUUGGGAUUAACAUCCCACAGAUCACACGAAGAACUCUCACAGUUCUGAACCCUUUUCGCAUCAACCCUGACCUACAUGAAGAUGCAGAUCUGUCAGGGCCCAUCAUAUUUUACAUGCUCUUUGGCUUGUGCCAACUUCUAGGAGGUAAAGUGCAUUUUGGAGUUAUAUUAGGGUGGACUACCCUAGCUUCCCUUUUCCUGUAUACGAUCUUCAAUCUGUUGGCUGGGAAAAAUGGGAGUCUCGACUUCUAUCGAUGCGUCAGCUUAGUGGGGUACUGUCAAAUCCCUAUGGUGCUUCUCUCGGCAUUUUCCAUCUUUCUUCCCCGGGGGAUGCUUAAAUAUAUUCUGGGAGUUUUGACAGUAUUAUGGUGUACUCGAUCAUGUACAAGUUUAAUGGCCGUCCUUGUGCCUCACGCUGAGGAGCACAGGUCAUUGGUGGCUUAUCCCUGUGGCUUGAUAUACACUGCAUUUUCUUUGCUUGUGAUAUUUUGAUAACUCUCCGAAAAAGCUUGAUAAUUAGUCUAUUUUUGAGCCUGAUAACAGAGUCCUUUACGAUGCGUCCUCUUCUCCACUUGAGUGGACUCAAAGUGACGAUGAUUUUUUCUCAGGUUGACAUUUAAUUUUCUAUUACGGUUACAGUUCAGCUUAAGGCACAGAACUAGAGGUAACCUGUUAUCGAGGCAUUCCUCACAUUCACAUUUCACCGGGCAAGGAUCCCACUGCCCCAGUUGUACCACUGCAGAGUUUUAUUAUCAAGUGAGUUUAGAAUCUGUUCUUCGUAGGAAAGCGCUUCUGGUGUGUUGAAUUCAAAUGUACUGAUGGGCAAAUUCUUUAGUAGUUUGGUGAUUGGACCCAACUUCAGAUAGUUUUGGUGCAAUCGUCGGAUCACGAUAAGAAUCUCAGAUUCUCGGACGUGGAAUCUGCGUCAGCAUUUUAA